GUCUCUUAUUAUGUAAUCCGUGUCUAUGGGCCCACAUUUCUCACUACCAUCUCAUCAUUCGUUGGCUUUUGGAUCCCGGUGUUAGCGUGGCCAGCCAGGGUGGCCCUAUUGGUGACUCCAUUGUUAACAUUAGUGACCCAGAAUAUAAAUGUGAAUUCAGAGAUCAACGUGUCGUAUGUGGUGGCCCUCCACUGGUGGAUGAGUGUGUGUAUAUUCUUUGUGUUCAUGAGUCUAAUUGAGUUUGCAGUGGCCAUAUCGUGGGCGUGGAUGGCCAGCGAUAGGAAGGCACUCAGAGCCACUCAGGGGUUUACAGAAGUGCCCAAAACGGAUAACUACACAAAUAAGAGAGCGUUUUGUCACUGCGGAAGACUUGUUGGAAAUAUAUUAUAUUAUGUCUUCGGAAAUAUUGAUUUCACAAAAGAGCCGUUGAAUAGAAAUAAAGUGGAUUACGCCUCAAGAAUUAUAUUUCCCGUCACUUAUAUUAUUGUG